AUGUCUGACUCGACCUUCCACACCACCAUUCAGGACCUCCGCAGAGCUGAGUCCAAGGUCUCUCAAUCGCAUGGUGGCAAUCCCCCGGCCGACUCUAAUGUCUCCAGAAUGAAGUCUAUCAUCGACCAGAAUACCAACAAGCGCGAGGAGAUCGAUAGGGUCAAGGCCAACCUGCCCCUGCCUGAUCAACCCCCAGUUGCCAGUGAUUGGAACUCCCUUGAUCAGCGUACUACCGGUGUUGGUUCUGGAGGUGUCGAGUUCCCUCCUGAUAACAGUGGUCUCCGUGAGGGUGCAGCUGCCAGCAGCAGCGCCCGUGUGGAUGGCAAGGAGCUGCACACGAACACCGUCCCUACCAACACAGUUGGACACACAGCUUCCGAGGGACUUAACAACAUUCUCCGAGAUACUACGACCCGUUGA